AUGGCCACUGUCAGAUGCUUGAUUGCACUUGCUGUUACUAAAGGCUGGACUAUCUACCAACUAGACAUCAACAAUGCCUUUCUCCAUGGUGAAUUGACAGAGGAAGUAUACAUGAAAGUUCCUGAUGGGGUUCCUAAUCCAGAAAACAAAGUAUGCAGGCUCAAAAAGUCCCUUUAUGGCUUAAAACAAGCCAGCAGACAAUGGUUUGCUAAAUUAACUUCAGAAUUACUUCAUCUUGGUUUCAUUCAAUCCAAGAAUGAUUACUCCCUUUUCAUCAAAACACAAAACCAAACACAUACCCUAGUUGCAGUAUAUGUUGAUGACAUAUUGAUUACUGGUCUAAAUCACUCAGAAAUUGUUGCCCUCAAGUCUCAUUUGCAUAACAAAUUCAGCAUCAAAGACUUGGGUGAACUGAGUUACUUUCUUGGUAUUGAGAUUUCUAGAGUUGAAAAUGGAGUUUUUCUCACUCAAUCCAAGUUUACUAGAGAGCUGCUGGCUGACUGUGGUCUAGAUGUAUCAAAACCUGCUAAAACACCUCUUCCUGUUAAACUCAAACUCACAAAUUCUUCAGAUGAACCCUAUACUGACCCUACUCAAUACAGAUGUCUAGUUGGCAAAUUGAACUUUCUUACUCAUACUCGACCUGAUCUAUCUUUUGCAGUGCAAACCUUAAGCCAAUUUAUGCAAUCACCUAAACUAUCCCAUUUCAAUGCCUUGACUCAUCUUCUCAGAUAUGUAGCACACUCCAUUGGUCAAGGUAUCUACAUUCAAUCCUCUUCACAGUUGGUUUUAAGGGCUUAUUGUGAUUCUGACUGGGCUGCAUGCCCUGAUACUAGAAGAUCUGUUACUGGCUAUGUUAUGCUUCUUGGCACCAGUCCUAUCUCUUGGAAAUCCAAGAAACAAAGUACCAUUUCCAGAUCUUCUUCUGAAGCUGAGUAUAGAGCUAUGGCAGCUGCAGCUUCAGAAAUCACCUGGUUGGUUAGAUUAUUGAAGGAAAUGGGUUUGUCUAAUCUCCAACCUGUUCAGUUGAGAUGUGAUAAUCAAUCAGCAAUACAUAUUGCAAAGAAUCCAGUUCAUCAUGAGCGCACAAAGCACAUUGAAUUGGAUUGCCACUUUACCAGAGACAAAGUGUUAGAAGGGUUGAUUGAUCUCACCUAUGUUCCCACUGCUGAUCAGUUAGCUGAUAUGCUCACAAAAGUAUUAUCCUACCCUCAACAUUCUGAAUUGAUCUCCAAGCUAGGUAUGCUUCAACUUGAACCACCACCUGUUAGGUUAUGA